UACAAAUAUUCUUCAUCAAUUACAUUACAAACUUAUAUUACAAGCAAGCAUAUAUUAAGUUUCCUCAAGUUUCUUUAAAAAGAAAGAAUGGCUGCUGGAAAUACUGUAGGGUUUGGUGUUAUGGUUCUUGUAAUGUCUGCUUUUAUAGUAUCAGAGUGCAGAGUUGCUAGGAAGGACUUAGGUUUGGACCUUGGUGGAAUAGGUGUCGGAAUUGGAGCUGGGAUUGGUCUAGGCUUGGGUGGCUCGGGUUCAGGGUCCGGAGCUGGUGCUGGUUCUGGCUCAGGAUCUAGUUCGGGAUCAAGUUCAUCUUCUUCAUCCGGAUCUGGUUCGGGGUCAUCCGGGUCUAGAGCAGGUUCGGAAGCAGGUUCACAUGCAGGAUCACGUGCCGGUUCUGGAGGCGGGUCAUCUGGAGCAGGCUCUGAAGCGGGUUCUUAUGCUGGCUCACAUGCCGGGUCAAGGUCUGGUUCAGGAGCUGGUUCAGAAGCAGGCUCGGAGGCUGGUUCCCAUGCCGGUUCCAGGGCAGGGUCUGGUGGCAACAACUAAACAAAAUAUUAAAAAAUCAAUUAUAUACUUGUUCUAGCAACAAGAAAUAAGUGGCAGUAAUAUGUUUGCAUGUGUCAGUGUGUUGUAGGCUCUAAUGAUUGUCAUGUUAUGUAUAAAUUAAUAAAAUUAAACCAGUAAUGUUGCA